CUCACACAUUGGUUUAUUUUUAUAUGGAUACCUUAUUAUUUACACUAAAUUUAUGUGUUCUUCUUGUUGUGGCUGUUUAUGCUCAUGGUAAACGCCAGGACAUCAGAAGUGAGGCUGGAGGGGCACCCCAGCAGAUGUUGUAACGGUAUCUGACUUAUUUCCAGACAGAGCAACGUAUUCUUGUGCUAAAAACAGUAAUCAACAAAAUAAGGAUCGGGAAACGGCACUUUUACGAAGCUUGAACUCAGGAAAUCGCUGUUAUGUACUAGGAAUGUCGCCAUCGUUAAAACAGCUUCAAUGAGUAGCAAUCACCGAGAAGACAAAUGGCUCGCCCAAACAGCGGUUGAUGGUGAUGUCGGGAACAACUCUAUGUUGAGCGAUACGUGUUUUCACACGACUAAAGAGUACCAGCCGUGGUGGAGGGUGGACCUACAUCAAGACUACUAUAUCACUAGUGUCGUUGUUUAUAACCGACUUGACUGCUGUGAAAACCAGGCAAGGAACAUUAAACUGACAAUCGGUAAAAGUUUGGACUCCAUGAGUCAGACAGGACAUCUAGAUGGCGAGUUCACCACUACCCAUACGCUCACCGUUGACCCACCAUUGGUAGGACGUUUCGUGCAAUUGCAGCUGAAAGGGAUAACAGAGUUUUUCCAUCUAUGUGAGGUAGAAGUCAUGGCAUAUCCCUCAGGUACAUACAAUGUCGCCUUCGGUAAAACUGCUUCACAGAGCAGCAACUACAAUACAUCCAAAUAUAACGCAACAACGGCGGUUGAUGGCAAUGUCGGGGACAACGCUUUUGCCAGCGAUUCGUGUUUUUGUACGGCGAAAGAGUACCAGCCGUGGUGGAGGGUGGACCUACAUCGAAACUACUAUAUCACUAGUGUCGUUAUGCAUUACCAAUUGGACUGCUGUGCAAACCAGGCAAGGAACAUUAAACUGACAAUCGGUAAAAGUUUGGACUCCAUGAGUCAGGCUGGAUACCUAGAUGGCGGGUUUACCACUCAUACGUUCACCAUUGACCCACCAUUGGUAGGACGUUUCGUGCAACUGCAGCUGAAAGGGAUAACGGAGUUUUUCCAUCUAUGCGAGGUAGAAGUCAUGGCAUAUCCCUCAGAGUUUCCUCUUAAUACGACAGUUAUAUCGGGAAUAUUUGGAGGUUUUUGUGCUAUGGUUAUUCUUGGAGCCACUGGGAUACUCUUAACGAGAAAGUACUCCAAAGGUUGCUUUUCUAAAGCAGAUGAGAAAUCUGAGGAAACCAGUCGUAACCCGGAUGCACCAGUUGACACCGUCCCGUCUGCAAGAGACUCAGAAAUAUACACAGAAAUAGAAGAAACCUCUGACUGUCAAGCAAAACGCACAGGUGAAACGAGUUUCACCGUUCAGACAACGGAUCCAUCACAAUACGAAGAGUUACGCGCAAGUGUAUCAAACACAUACACAAAAUUAGAUAGAACGAUGAACGAAAACAUUUGCAAAUGAAGACUAUUCAAAGCUGCAUCAGUUUCCUUUUAAUGUUAUCAUUGACACGUGGGACAAUUACAUGUAUAAAUCAAAGUUUGGAAAUUAAGACCAGAUAGUCGCCACAAUUAGGAUUAUUACAAAUGUGUUCUGAGAAAGAAUUUGUCGUAGUACAGAAUGUAUUCAGAAAUAUCCCGGGGAAAAUAAUAUAUUUACUACUCGAGUAUUUGUUAUCGUUCUCUUCAACUACUUGCCAUUCAUUUUAUCGGUUAAAUACUUGAAUGUCUUUUUAAAUAUUGUAUGAAUCCGUGCAUUGAUGUUUUUUCCAU